AUGAUAAAGUCGUUACGACCUCUGACGAAUGGUAAUAGCCUUUCCAAUACAAAAGUCCCAGCUAUAAAGUUAAAACCCAAAUCCGUGCAACAAGCAUCUCAAGCAGCAAGUGUUUCUUGGCUGCGACCACAGAUAUCUUCCACAUCUGUAUCGUCUAGAAUUGGCGGCGAUAUAACUAGUUAUUUUGCAGAUUUUGAUCAGGAUACUUAUAACAUAAACGGGAAUAAUGGUAGCAAUAGUAGUAGUAAUUGGGAAAGAACAUAUUCAAGAACAUCUUCAGGCUUGUCUGAGAAAUCAAUUGAAGCAUCCAACUUGAUCGAUUUGGACGAUAUUAAAAAAACACAAAAGAGCUCAAAUAAACUAUCGAGAUCAGUAGAUGAUUUGACGAUAAAACCUAUAAAUGAAAGCCCGCCGCUGCGCGUAAUAAAACCAAAUGGAUUACUGGUUUCCAAAUUAGAGCACAUUUCCAAGAGUACGUCCGAUGUACCUGCAAAAACCACAAAAACGUAUGUUUACAAUAAACCCAAACCUUUGAACUUGCAAAAAUUAAUGCAACAACUGAAAAAACAAGCAACGAGUCAUUCGCAUCCAACGAAACCAAAAUCAAAUAUUACUUAUAACUACGUGAAAGCGCCGCCAACAAAAAGCAAGCCAGUUACUUUGAAGGAAACAUCAAUAAAUGGCAAUAGUAAUUUUGAUGGUAACGGACCUGUAAGAAAAGUAGUGGCAGCAACGGCUAAAAAACAAGAAGGUGACGAUAUUCCCAAUAGUCCUACAAUGGAUGAUUUACUUAGUGGAUACGAUGAUGAUGAGGCCGAGCCAACUUGGAAUUGCUCUGCCAAGACAAUUGAAAAAACGCAGGAUGCAUUGAUUGCAUCUAUCAAAGGCAUAGAUCCUACAGCAGCAAAACAAAUACUAAAUGACAUUGUUGUACAUGGGGAUGAAGUUUACUGGGAUGAUAUAGUUGGAUUGGAAGGUGCCAAAAACUCUUUGAAAGAAGCAGUUGUGUACCCCUUUUUAAGGCCCGAUUUAUUCAAAGGGCUAAGAGAACCAACGAGAGGCAUGUUGUUGUUUGGACCUCCAGGUACCGGCAAAACUAUGUUGGCGAGAGCUGUUGCUACGGAGUCGAAAUCCACAUUUUUCAGCAUUAGCUCAUCAUCGUUAACCUCUAAAUAUUUAGGAGAAUCGGAAAAACUAGUCAAGGCGUUGUUUUUACUAGCGAGAAAGCUUGCCCCGUCGAUUGUAUUUAUGGAUGAGAUUGAUUCUUUACUUAGUUCGAGAACAGAAGGAGAAGUUGAAAGUACUAGAAGGAUUAAAAAUGAGUUUCUUGUUCAGUGGUCAGAGUUAUCUAGCGCUGCAGCAGGACGCUCACAUGAAGAUGUGUCUCGCGUUUUAAUCUUGGGGGCUACUAAUUUGCCAUGGUCAAUUGAUGAAGCAGCAAGGAGAAGGUUUGUUAGACGACAGUACAUUCCUUUGCCUGAGGCCGAGGCUAGAAAAACACAAGUUGUCAAAUUGUUGCAACAUCAAAAAAACACUUUAUCCGAAAAAGACUAUGAAGAGUUGAUGAAAUUGACAGAGGGAUUUAGUGGCAGUGAUAUGACUGCAUUGGCUAAAGAUUCAGCAAUGGGGCCCUUAAGAUCAUUGGGCGAUAAAUUGUUGUCAACACCGACGGAUCAGAUAAGACCUAUCAAUUUAGAGGAUUUCAAAAAUAGUUUAAAAUACAUCCGACCAAGUGUUUCAAAAGAAGGACUUCACGAGCAUGAAGACUGGGCUAAGAAGUUUGGUUCCAGUGGCGCUUAA